CGAGUCAGAGGGUUUACCUGCAUUUGCAUUUGCAGCAGAAUCUCUCUCUCGAGGAGGAGGAGGAGCUCUUCGUUUUCCUUUGCGUUCGAAAGAUAUGGCAGAAUCUCGCAGCAACCGAGCGGCCGUUCAGGCUACUAACGACGAUGCAUCCGCCAGUAAAUUGUCUUGUGUCAAAAAGGGAUAUAUGAAAGACGACUAUGUUCAUCUCUUUGUGAAAAGGCCUGUUCGAAGAUCUCCCAUCAUUAAUCGAGGUUACUUUUCCCGUUGGGCUGCCUUCCGAAAGUUUCUGUCUCAGUUUCUAGAAAGUACUAAUGAAACUGCUCCAGCAAAGAAACAGAUACUGUCACUCGGAGCUGGCUUUGACACUACGUAUUUUCAGUUGCUGGAUGAAGGGAAAGGGCCCAUUUUGUAUGUGGAGCUGGAUUUUAAGGAGGUAACAAGUAAGAAGGCUGCUGUUAUAGACAACUCUAGCCAACUGAGGGACAAACUUGGAGCCAAUGCAUCUAUUUCUAUUGAGGAAGGCCAAGUGCUCAGUGAUCAUUACAAGUUACUUCCAGUUGACCUACGUGAUAUACCAAAAUUAAGAGAUGUUAUAUCCUUUGCAGAUAUGGAUCCAAGUCUGCCGACAUUUAUUAUUGCAGAAUGUGUUUUGAUAUAUCUGGACCCUGAUUCAAGCCGUGCCAUCGUCAAUUGGGCAUCAAAAACGUUUUCAACUGCAGUAUUUUUCUUAUAUGAGCAGAUCCAUCCAGAUGAUGCAUUUGGACAUCAAAUGAUUAGAAAUUUGGAGAGUCGGGGGUGUGCACUCUUAAGCAUUGAUGCAUCACCAACUUUACUUGCAAAGGAGAGGUUGUUUCUUGACAACGGAUGGCAGAGAGCUGUUGCCUGGGACAUGCUAAAAGUGUAUGGUAGUUUUAUUGAUACUCAAGAUAAACGCAGGAUUGAACGAUUGGAGUUGUUUGAUGAAUUUGAAGAGUGGCACAUGAUGCAGGAACAUUACUGCGUCGCACAUGCUGUCAAUGACGCAAUGGGAAUAUUUGGAGGCUUGGGUUUCACAAGAGAAGGGGGCUGUGAAAGCAUGAGCAUCUCAUCAGCAUCCUCACCUUGAAAAAGGAGGAGGGUUUUGUAUGGCAUUGGAUCCCCUGCAACUGGAGUGAUGAUGGGUUGGGUUGAUAUAGACGGAAUGUGAUUUGAUUGCACAAUGUUGUCCUAGAAGAGGCCUUUCUUCGGGUGUCGUGUUGAGCAGAUAAACAAAGGGAGACACGAACUUGUCUUGCAUUAUUUGAAAUAAGAAAUGCUGCUAUUUGAUGCACACGUGGAAUUUAUAAGGCCCAUGUUCGCACUCUCACCCUUGGAGAUAUGUGGGCCGGGCCCCCAUCUUGCUUGUUUGGUUGUAAUUCACUAUGCUCCCUACUAAACCAGGACAAUCAUAUGCACCAGUUUGAUACGUUCAUUACGAUUAAAAAUAUAUUUUGUCUUUC